UUUUGUUUUUAAGGCGCAGAGCAUGGAGAAUGAUGAAUUUCCGUCAGAGGAUGGGAUGGAUUGGUGUGGGACUGUAUCUAAUAGCAAGUGCUGCAGCAUUUUACUAUGUCUUCGAAAUCAAUGAGACUUACAAUCGACUAGCACUGGAACACAUUCAGCAACCACCAGAGAAAUUUAAACAAGAAAUCAGCUGGAUGCAUUCCUUAAAAACACGUCUUCUCUCUGUACCCUUUUGGCUAUGGGCCAUUAUCUUUUUAAUACCUUAUUUGCAAAUGUUCUUAUUUCUUUACUCAUGUACGAGGGCUGAUCCUAAAACAGUGGGCUACUGCAUAAUUCCUAUCUGCUUGGCUGUGGUUUGCAAUCGUCAUCAAACAUUUGCAAAGGCCUCCAAUCAAAUCAGCAGACUGCAGCUUAUUGACACGUAAGGAAAUCAAUGUGGCUUGCCCUCGCUCCUUCCCCCAUGGCUGGUUUUUGAUAAGUUGAAGAUCGGUUGAAUAUCUGAAAAGAACUUGAAAUUCUUUUUCUCAACAUUAACCUCUGGACAGAGCACCCACCAACCUUCUAUUUUUUUUAACGAUGCUUUUUAACUAUGGGAGUAAAAGUUCUUUGAAAACGGGGGGUAACAUUCUUCAUAUUUGCCUUACAAGCAGAAUUUCUACACUCCAUCUGAAGAUUUUAGAGUAAAUAUAUAUUUGAAACCCUAAUUCACUGUGCAUCUUUCAAAACUUCAAGUUUCCUAUAAGCAAAUUGCUGAAAAUUAAAUUUGCCUAUGUUUAUGUGUAAAUUUUGAAAUUAUUAUAAAAGUGGCAUUUGAGACAUUGUCCUUUCUCCUUUGAUGAUGUUGCACUAAAUAAAUUGGGAUUCCUUUUGCACAU